AUGAAAAGCCAUUGUGUAAUACUGCUGCUCCUAGCCAUACUAGGGUUCAUGCUGAGAUGCACUGAAAGCAUCAGAGGGAAGAGAGGAAUUAGCAGCAAGAAAAGGGGGUUUUUAAAUAAGAGACUAAAAUACAUAAAUAGCAAAAUAAUAAGUAGAAGGAAAGAGAAUUAUGUAAAAAUGAAAAUGACAGAAAAUAAAGUAAAAGGAAAAGAUAUUAUAUACGGAAAUGAAUGCAGAAAUGAAUUGUUAAAAGGUAUAUUAACAGUAUCAGAUGUAGUAAAAUUAACAUUAGGUCCAAGAGGAAGGAAUGUGUUAUUAGAAAAAGAGUAUGGAAGUCCGCUAAUAAUAAAUGAUGGUGUAACAAUAGCAAAAAAUAUAUCACUAAAAGAUAGAAAAAGAAAUAAUGGUGUAAAAUUAAUGCAAGAAAGUACCAAUAUUUCUAAUGAUAAAGCAGGAGAUGGUACAAGUUCAACAGCUUUAAUGACAGCUACCAUUACGACAAAAGGAAUUGAACAAGUAAAUAAAAAUCACAAUCCUAUACCUAUACAGAAAGGAAUACAAUUGGCAUCAAAAAUGAUUAUAGAAAAAAUAAAAUCAUUGUCAACUCCAAUUAAGACAUAUACAGAUAUAUUAAAUAUAGCUACUAUUGCAAGUAAUAAUGACACACAUAUGGGAAAUAUUAUUGCAAAUGCUUAUGAUAAAUUAGGUAAAAAUGCUGCAAUUAUUUUAGAUGAUAAUGCUGAUAUUAAUGAUAAAUUAGAAUUUACGGAAGGGUAUAAUUUUGAUAGAGGUAUUAUUAAUCCUUAUCUUUUAUACAAUGAAAAUAAAGACUACAUUGAAUAUAACAAUGUUUCUACCUUGAUUACCGAUCAGAAUAUUGAUAAUAUUCAAUCUAUUUUACCUAUUUUGGAAAUUUUUGCUAAGAACAAACAACCUCUCUGCAUCAUUGCAGACGAUUUCAGUAACGAGGUUCUCCAAACCUUGAUUAUAAACAAACUCAAGGGUGCCAUCAAAGUGGUUCCCAUAAGAGCUCCUUCCUUUGGAGACAGGAGAAAGGAUUAUCUGAAAGACCUGUGUAUUGUUACAAACAGCAAGUACAUAAGUGCCGAUGUGGGACUUGAUCUGAACAACCUGCACAACAAUAUGAACAGCUUUGACAACAAUUAUCUAACGUUGCUAGGAAAUGCAAAUACUCUCAUAGUGAAAAAAGACAGAACUAGUCUAAUAACAAAGGAAGAAUAUAAAAAUCAAAUAGAUGAGAGAAUAAAAGUUUUAAAAAGGGAAUAUGAAGAAACAACAUCAAAAUAUGAUAAAGAAAAGUUAAAUGAACGUAUUGCUGCAUUAUCAGGUGGUAUAGCGAAAAUAUUAAUUGGUGGAAAUACAGAAACUGAACAAAAGGAAAGAAAAUUUAAAUAUGAAGAUGCAACAAAUGCAGUAAAAAGUGCAAUUGAUAUUGGAUAUGUCCCAGGUGGAGGUGUAACAUAUUUAGAAAUAAUAAAAUCAAAUUUUAUAAAUGAAAUACAUAAAAAAAUUGAAGAAGAACUUCAAAACUCAGGAAAUCAAGAAGAAAAAAAAUAUCUAGAUCUAAUUGGAAAUUUGGAAUCAGAAAUGGAAUUAAGAAAAAUGGGAGCAAAUAUAGUUGUUAGCAGUUUAGAUGUAAUUACAAAACAGAUAGCUGACAAUGCAGGAGUGAAUGGAGAAAAUGUCGUUAAAAUAAUUUUAAAUUCAAAGGAUAAAUAUGGAUUUGGAUAUGACGUGAACACGAACAAAUUUGUUAACAUGGUAGAAAAUGGUAUUAUUGAUAGUACCAACGUUAUUAUAAGUGUUAUUAAAAAUAGUUGUAGUAUUGCCAGUAUGGUCUUGACAACUGAAUGUAUGAUGGUAGAUAGUGAAAAGAAAGACAAAGGUGUACUUGACUCUAGUAUAAAUUCCCCCAAUUAUUUACAUAAAAGUAGAAAAGCUCGUGGAUAUAGAAGUAGUAAACUUGAUGACGUUGACGAGGAGGAGGAUGAUGAUGAUAUUGAGGACGACGAUGAGGAAGAGGAUGAGGAUGAGGAAGAUGAAGAAGAGGAUGACGAAGAGGGUGAUGAAGAGGAUGAUGAAGAGGAUGACGGAUACAACUACGAUGAAUAA